GUACAUGUAGCGCAAGGCUUCUGUAACUCUGUUACUUGAGGUACCUAGAUACAUUACAUACCCCAAUCAUCAUUCACAUUCAUAUUCGCAUUCAACACCACCAACACGCUGCCCUCCUCGAAGCUCUCCUCAACACCAAAAAAACCAAUUCCUAUCAUGACGUGGCUACUACGAAGGUAACUAGCUGCUAGGAUCCCCCAAUAUGGUCGUCCAGCAGCAUGUGUUGAACUGGUUGUAUAGCGUCCUGACAAGUGAAUAUCAAGAUGUUAACCGAACAUACAAUGAUGUAGCUCAGGCGCUAUCCCAAUAUCCUUCACUAUCGCCGAGAACAGAUGUUCACACUUUCGAUAACGGCGUCUCUGCUCUUCUUCUACACCUCUCCGGUACAAUUCCGGUCAUCUUUCGCGGCACCACCUACCGAUUCCCCAUUUCAUUAUGGAUACCACAUGCCUACCCCCGCGAGGCACCUCUAGGCUAUGUUACGCCUACCGAGAGUAUGAUGGUACGACCAGGUCAACAUGUUGAUCCUCAAGGACGUAUAUAUCACCCCUAUCUAGUAGGGUGGGCUGAAUUUUGGGAUAAAUCCUCCUUACUAGACUUUCUAGCUAUUCUUCGAGACAUAUUCGCAAAGGAACCUCCUGUAGUCUCGCGACAGCAAGCUCGUCCUACGCCGCAACAACAGUCCACUCCAGCUCCAACUCCUCCACCCGUCCCUCCUUUGCCUCCCGACGUAUCGAGACAUACUCCCCAGCAUGUCCCAUCUCCACAUACCAACGAUCAAAGACCGCCGCCACCUCCCCCGAAAGGUAGCGACCUUCCUCAGGUAGUAUCUGGGCCUACUAUACAUGGGGACGGUCCCCCGCGACCACCUCUACCGGACGAUGUUCGCCGACGAUCAAGCAUGUAUGGUGCGCCGGCAGCAGCAACACAAUCACCGCCAUCGAACCGGCUCUCGAGAUACGACGCCGCUCCUCCCCUACCACCUCAACAAGGACCACCUCACCCAUCCCAAUCCUACCAACGACCACCUCCUAACCUCCAAUACCAAACCCAGCAACCGCCGCCGCCACAGCAACAACAUCCUUACCAACCAGGAAACGCCACUCUCCAGACUGGAUUUCCUCCACAAGAUUCCCGACGCCUAUCUAUGGUGUCACCUGCGACUCCGAACCCCUACAACGCCGGCGCACCUCCCGGGCCAUCAUAUACCGGCCCACCUCCAACCUGGCAACAGCACCCCGCGCCGCACCAACAACCGCAACCAAUACCAGUCCAACCUAAACCACCCCCGCCUCCCGAUCUAAUGGACGAACCCUUCUCCCUUGCCCUCCCAUCCCCAUCAACCAACACCCUCGCGCCACCUCCCAUCCCACCAAACCCCGAAAAAGACGCUCUCCUCCGCCAACUCGCCUCAACCCUCUACACAAUCCGCCAGCGCGCCCGCGCCCAAAACGAAUCCUCCCUAGCCGGUCUCGCAGCCCAACGCGCAGCAAUGCUAACCGCGCGCCAAGCCCUCCAAUCCGACGCCGCAGCCCUAGGUCCCCUAACCGCAAUGCUAAGCUCCAACGCCUCCAUCCUCCAACACUCCCUCCGCGAAGCAGACCGCGUAGUUUCCAGCGCGCGUGGUCGCGAACCCCCUCCUAUCGAUGAUUUACUAGUCGCACCCACCGUAGUCGCGAACCAGUUAUACGAUGUCGUCGCCGAGGAACGCGCGUUGGGCGAUGCGAUUUUUGUACUUGGGCGUGCGGUUGAGAGGGGGCGUGUUGCGCCUGCUGUGUUUGCGCGGACGACUAGGGGGUUGGCUAGGGAGUGGUUUUUGAAGAAGGCGCUUGUUAAGAAGAUUGGACGGGGGAUGGGUCUUGUUGGGUAAAUACCUAGGUACCUUUACCUACUUCGCUGGUAGGUAUGCUGGAUUUGGAGUUUAGAAUCUUAUAAUGAUCUUGGUUUGAAGGUAGAAACGAUUGCGAUAUUAGAGAGUAGGUAAUAUGCCUUGCAGCAGCGGUGUUUGCUUGACAUUGCCCUGGGGUCAGCUAGGUUUGACUGGACUAGGUUAUGCCAAUGAUAUAUCAGAUAAACAUGAGAUUUAUGAGGUAGAAGUAAGCCGUACUGAAGAUGAAUACCAAAUGAUAACUUCAGGGG